AAGCAGCUCUCUCGACUACAGCGGAGCGUAAUUCUCUUCCUAUUCACCUUCUUGGCAGUCUGUGGAGUCAUUUCCUACACAAGCAUGGGGGAACCGUGGAAAAGUCUAACAAACAAAUCGUUGGACGAUCAGAGAACAGAACCAGAAAUUCCUAGAUUAAAGCUGGCAAAUCCGGCCGUUCUACCAGCACCCCAGAAAGCAGAUGCCAACCUUGGAGACUACCCAGAGCUUUCACCACAGAAGCCGCCAAAACCUCCUCAUAUUCGGCGUGGUCCUUCCAAUUUUCAGAUCAAACCACCGUGGAGGGACGGGAGGCUGAAGGCCCAGCGUGACACCAGUAGGGCUGUAGAAGAGCCGGUCCGGGCUGAUAAAGAGGAGAAAACGGAGAAAUCUGUUAUCAGCUGGAGAGGAGCAGUGAUAGAACCUGACCAAAGCACUGAACCUUCGUCUAGUAAAAUAAAGGAACUAGAAAAACCUUCAUCUGUGGAAGCUGAAGACCAGAAGGAACCAGUGCCCAUAACCGAGCGCCAGGCGGCUGUGAUAGAAGCGUUCCGCCACGCCUGGAAAGGAUACAAGGAUUUCGCCUGGGGCCACGAUGAGCUGAAGCCUUUGUCCAAGUCCUACAGCGAGUGGUUUGGACUGGGGCUUACCUUAAUUGAUGCCCUGGAUACCAUGUGGAUUUUAGGCUUAAAGGAAGAGUUUGAAGAAGCAAGAAAAUGGGUAGCAAACGAUUUAGUGUUUGAUAAAAAUGUGGAUGUGAACCUCUUUGAGAGCACCAUUCGUAUCCUGGGGGGAUUGCUGAGCACCUACCAUCUGUCUGGAGACAGCCUCUUCCUGGAAAAAGCUAAAGACAUUGGGAACAGGCUUAUGCCAGCAUUCAAGACCCCCUCCAAGAUACCGUAUUCUGAUGUCAACAUUGGCCGGGGCACUGCGCAUCCACCUCGCUGGACAUCUGACAGCACUGUGGCAGAGGUGACCAGUAUUCAGCUGGAGUUUAGGGAGCUCUCUCGUCUCACUGGAGAUGACAAAUUCCAGAAAGCUGUAGAUGAGGUGAUGAAGCACGUUCACACCCUCUCAGGGAAAAACGAUGGACUAGUGCCUAUGUUCAUAAACACCAACAGCGGGCAGUUCACUCACCUGGGUGUCUACACUCUGGGAGCCAGAGCUGACAGCUACUAUGAGUAUUUGCUCAAGCAAUGGAUUCAGGGUGGGAAAAAAGAAAACGAACUGUUGGAAGACUACAUGAGAGCCAUAGAAGGAGUGAAAAAGCAUCUUCUUCAGAGAUCACAACCCAAGAAGCUUACUUUUAUAGGAGAGCUCGCUCAUGGCCAUUUCAGUGCCAAGAUGGAUCACUUGGUUUGCUUUUUGCCUGGUACUUUGGCUCUGGGAGCUCACAAUGGGUUGACUGCUGACCAUAUGAAAUUGGCUGAAGCCCUUAUAGAAACCUGUUACCAGAUGUACGCUCAAGUAGAGACAGGCCUGAGUCCAGAGAUCGUCCACUUCAAUCUUCAUGCACAAAAGGGCCACAAAGAUGUGGAAAUCAAGCCUGCAGACAGGCACAACUUGCUGCGACCAGAAACUGUGGAAAGCCUUUUUUAUAUGUACAGAUUCACUGGUGAUAAGAAAUACCAAGACUGGGGCUGGGAAAUCUUGCAGAACUUCAAUAAAUACACACGGGUUCCUACAGGUGGUUAUACUUCCAUUAACAACGUCCAGAAUCCCAGUAAUCCAGAGCCACGAGAUAAGAUGGAGAGCUUCUUCCUUGGGGAAACACUCAAAUACAUGUUUCUGCUGUUUUCAGAUGACAUAGACUUAAUCAACCUUGACAAAUACGUAUUUAACACAGAAGCUCAUCCGCUCCCUAUCUGGGUGCCAGAAUAGACUGGGUGUCAGCAGACCUUCCAAUGGUGGCAUUUUUAUCUUCAAGUCACUUUACUUUUCAGGGUUUGAGGAGAGAUGCUAUAUUGCACCUUUUUGACUGAAAACAAACAAACAAAUCUUUUGGGAAAGCAUCUCUGAUUUGGAGAAGUCGUGUCAGUCUUAAAUCUAAUCCCUGGUUCUGGGAUGGACAAGCUGUGCUGUACUGAGCUGGUUUUCCUGGUAUUGGUGAUGAGGUUCAGAGAAUAAUUGUAGCGUGGACCAUGACA